AUGUCGUCUCAAGCUGUUGCCGAUAUCGGCCUCAUCGGCCUUGCCGUCAUGGGUCAGAACUUGAUCCUCAACAUGAACGACAAGGGAUUCACUGUCUGCGCCUACAACCGUACCACCAGCAAGGUGGACGAUUUCCUUGCCAACGAGGCUAAGGGAACCAACGUCGUUGGCGCCAAGUCCAUUGAGGAGUUUGUCGCCAAGCUCAAGCGCCCCCGCAAGAUGAUCCUCCUCGUCAAGGCCGGUCCCGCCGUCGACGCCUUCAUCCAGCAGCUCCUCCCCCACCUCGAGGAGGGCGACAUCGUCAUCGACGGUGGUAACUCGCACUACCCCGACUCGAUCCGCCGCUGCAAGGAGCUCGAGGCCAAGGGAAUCCUCUUUGUCGGUUCCGGUGUCUCCGGUGGUGAGGAGGGUGCCCGUCACGGUCCCUCGCUCAUGCCCGGUGGUUCGGACGCCGCCUGGCCCCACAUCAAGGAGAUCUUCCAGAAGACCGCCGCUCAGACCGAUGGCGAGCCCUGCUGUGACUGGGUCGGCCAGACCGGUGCCGGCCACUACGUCAAGAUGGUCCACAACGGUAUCGAGUACGGAGACAUGCAGCUCAUCUGCGAGGGCUACGACAUCCUCAAGCACGGUCUCGGCCUCAAGGAGUCGGAGAUCGGCGACAUUUUCACCAAGUGGAACUCGGGUGUGCUCGACUCGUUCCUGAUCGAGAUCACCAAGGACAUCCUCAAGUACAACGACGAGGACGGAGAGCCCCUGGUCACCAAGAUUAUGGACGCUGCGGGCCAGAAGGGUACCGGCAAGUGGACCGCCAUCAACGCGCUCGACCUUGGUCAGCCCGUUACCCUCAUCGGCGAGGCUGUGUUCGCCCGAUGCCUUUCGUCGCUCAAGGGCGAGCGAACCCGCGCCUCCAAGGUGCUCGGUGGUCCCCAGAUCAAGCCCUUCGAGGGCAACAAGGAGCAGUUCAUUGCCGACCUCGAGCAGGCUCUGUACGCCUCCAAGAUUGUCUCGUACGCUCAGGGCUUCAUGCUGAUGCGCGAGGCCGCCAAGGAGUACAACUGGACUCUCAACAACCCCUCGAUCGCUCUCAUGUGGCGCGGUGGAUGCAUCAUCCGCUCCGUCUUCCUCAAGGACAUCACCGCCGCUUUCCGCAAGAACCCCGAGCUGGAGAACUUGCUGUUCGAUGACUUCUUCAACAAGGCCAUCCACGAUGCUCAGGAGGGCUGGCGCCGCGUGGUGGCCCAGGCCAUCCUCUGGGGUAUCCCCACCCCUGCCUUCUCGACGGCUCUUGCCUUCUUUGACGGCUACCGCCGCGAGAUGCUCCCCGCCAACCUGCUCCAGGCCCAGCGUGACUACUUCGGUGCCCACACCUUCCGUGUCCUUCCCCAGUACGCCAGCGCCAAGCUGCCCGAGGGCCAGGACAUCCACAUCAACUGGACCGGCCGUGGUGGUAACGUCUCGGCUUCCACCUACCAGGCAUAA